AAGAUUGGAAAGCGAAUCCUGACACAAUAACAUAUGCAUGAAAUAAAGUGGCGCGAUUCUGGAUACAAGCAAUUCAAGCUCAUGGACUCGACAGUUUUACCUUCAAGUCACAAGCGCUCUAAAAGUGAUCCUAUGGAAAGAAGAGUCGGGGAAGAUGGAUUAUGGGAUAACGGUACUGAAAGUUCUUUUCACACAAGCAUGCUUGUGGAAAGCAAUGAAUCCAAGAAGAGGCAAUACCAUAACAUUGAUCUUCAGAGUUCCUUGACUCAAGAGAUUUUCAUGCUUCAAAAACGAUUGCAUCAACAAUUUGUGGUACGAAGUGCAUUAGAGAAAGCAUGUUACCUGCCUUCCUCACAAGAUGCUGCGCUAGAAAACUCGAUGCCAAUGGCGACCAAGGAACUAAUUAAGGAAAUUGGCGUAUUAGAAUUAGAAGUAGUGUACUUGGAACAAUAUCUUCUCUCGCUGUAUCGGAAAAGAUUUGAUCAUCAAAUAUUGUCUCUAUCAGCCAAGGAAAGAAGAUUGGAAACAGAUUCAGACACCAAAAAAGGAAGUUCAUCAGUAAGUGGGACAGUUACUGUCUCUGAGAAAGAGAUUUCAGUUCGUGAACAUAAUCUCCUGUCGCCCAGAAAUUCAGUUGGCUUUCCCCUUAAGGAAUGCAAGAAAGAGUUAGAACCAGAAGCUGUUCUGGACUCAAGUAUUCAUCGAAGUCACUCCACCCUAUCCCAGCAAUCAGUUUGCUUCAUCGAAACUUCUCAGGCCAAAGCUUUGGACACUUUCCAUUCUCUACCGUUGUCUAUGCUAGAGCAAGCUCAGAGUAAUAACUGCAGUUCAAUCUCCCUGGCUGAGCAUCUGGGAAAUUGCUUUUCUGAUAUAGUUCCAGAGACCCCAAACUGGCUUUCUGAGGAGAUGAUUAAGAGCAUAUCAGCUAUAUAUUGUGAACUUGCAGACCCUCCUUUUGUUGGUCAUGAUAAUGCUUCGUCCUUUAUUCCAUUUUCAUCAUCAGCAUAUGAGUUUUCUUCACAAGGCGAGGGAAAUAAGCAGGCCUCACGGUGGAAGAAACAUCGACCCUUCAAUUUAAACUUUAACAACCCUUUCCACAUCAAAGGAUCAAAAGAAUUUGGCGGACCUUAUUGCUCAAUGGUAAAGAUUCACAAGUUAAGCAGAGAUAGUGAAAAAUUAAAAGAAGUUGAGUACAUGCUGCGGAGAUUUAGGUCACUUGUUUCUCGGUUGGAAGAUGUUAAUCCUAGAAACUUGGAGCAUGAAGAAAAGCUAGCUUUUUGGAUCAAUGUGCACAACACCCUAGUGAUGCAUGCUUUAUUAGUUUAUGGAAUUUCAGCCAAUAAUGCCAAAAGAAUUUCUACAGUACUCAAGGCUGCAUAUAACAUUGGGGGUCAUAAUGUAAGCGUAGAACUCAUACAGAACUCGAUUCUGGGAUGCAGAUUGCCUCGUCCGGGACAAUGGCUGCAGAUUUUGUUUCCUACAAAAACAAAACUUAAGGUUAGAGAUGCAAGAAAAGCAUAUGCAAUACACCGACCAGAACCUUUGUUGCUAUUUGCCCUCAGUUCAGGAAGCCGUUCUGAUCCUGCGGUGCGUUUGUAUACAUCCAAGAGAGUCUCGGAGGAGCUUGAAUCUGCGAAAGACGAGUACAUUCAAUCUACCAUCUCUGUGACCAAGGAACAGAAAAUACUUAUUCCAAAGAUAGUUGAUUUCUUUGCAAAAAGCUCACGUCUUGGGGCAGUUGGUUUGAUGGAGGUGGUCAAGAAUAACCUUCCUAAUUCUCAAAGGAAAAUCAAUCAAGAGUUUCAAUCAAAAGCAAGCUGGAAAGGCAUUGAGUUGGUCCCUCAUGACUUCAGUUUCAAUUACUUGAUUUCGAAGGAGUUAGCUUGGUAAUCACAUGCCUCAGUAGAUAUUAGCAUCAUAGCUUGGAAUGACAGAAGAAUCUUAAUUCAGGAUAAUCAUGAGAAGGAAAAAAAUCACAAGCUCCUUCUUGGACGAGGCAGAAGACUUGAUGUCGAAAUGAACCAAGAUUGGAAUGAUAUUUAACACUUGAGCCUCCUAGCAUGACUGAAGUGAAAUUGUUCAACCUGGAAGUGGCAGCCCAGAAGGCAAGCUUCUAUGUUGAUAUGUUUGGCUGGAGAUAAGAGAAAAGGGAAAGGGAAAGCUUAAUUCAAGCAUAGCUCUUAUUGAGUUAGGAUGAUGAAGAAUUUUCCCUAUCCUUUAAAAAUCUCCUAAAAUCCUCCCUAUUUCUUCCAAUCUGAAAAUUUUUGGAAGAGAGAAUCUUCCUAUUUCCUAAGCAAGAAUUAGGAAAAUAAUUAUCCCUUGCUUUCCUGUCCUUCUCCUCCCUUCCCCUUCAACCCAAAACAUAUCCUAAAUGUUUUGUGUUCAUAUGAACAAUGAAGCUUGUAAAUCAUUAGUCUUGCUUGAUUGGCAUGGUUAUGAUUUAUCAAGCAAUGGUUAUGAUUCAAUUGUCAUUCCUAGUCUAUUUAAGAACCUUAUUGACAAGUUUGCGCUGAUGCUUAGUGCUGUAGAGACCAGAGAAUUGAGUAGUCAAUUGAAGUGAUGUUUAUACUA